AUGGCAGAAGAAAACACUCACUUAAAAGAAGCUGGUAUAUUAUGCCUUGAAGUUGCUGAAGAAAACAACUUCUGGACUUGCAAACUAAUAACUAUUUUCUUUAUACAAAUUUCCGAGAAAUUUAUUUGUGGGGAACAUAAAUUAUCAGCGGAUUUUGUCUCUCAGUCUGAAAAAGAUAUAGGUUCAUAUUGUCCACUAUAUAGAGAAAAUCAUAUGAGUUUGCAAGGGAUCCCAUUCGAAAAGGUACUAGAAGCCUAUCCUGAAAAUUCCAAAUUAAUUCAGGAGUUAAAGACUCAAUCCUUCACAUUACCUAUUUCUUGGAAUAAUGCACUUAAAUUUUUAAAUAAAAGCAUAACAAUGGAGGCAUAA